UAAAAAAGUAUUACUCUCCUUAUUCACCAAAACACAGCCGCUUUCUGAAACUAGUUGUCGAUAGCUCUGAUCUCAACUCGCCGGAAAAAUCAAAACCUUGCCGGAAAACUAGUCGGAGUUCGUCGUCGUAGAAAGUAACGGUUUGCUUCGCCAUGCUGGCAUUUUCGAGAGGCGUGGUUUCUCGCCUUCGACAUAUAGCUGUGGUGCCGCCUUCACCGCGAUUUUUUUGUACCGAUAUGGAGAGUAAGAUUAUACGGACGAUUGAAGCAAAACCUAGUGUAAUGACACCAAAUUCACGGCGAACUGGUGUUAUAGCUGUAAAAUGUGGAAUGACUGCACUUUGGGAUAAAUGGGGUGCUAGAGUUCCGAUUUCUAUCCUUUGGGUUGAUGACAACAUUGUUUCUCAGGUCAAAAUACCCGAGAAGGAAGGCUUUUGUGCUCUCCAGAUUGGUUGUGGACACAAGAAGGAGAAACACUUGACAAAGCCUGAAGUAGGUCAUUUUAGGGCUCAAGGAGUUCCCAUCAAAAGGAAGCUUCAUGAGUUUCCAGUGACAGAGGAUGCACUUCUUCCUGUUGGUACAUCGCUCAAUGUUCGCCAUUUUGUGCCCGGCCAGUAUGUCGACAUCACAGGAAUCACUAGAGGAAAAGGUUUUCAGGGUGUAAUGAAGAAGCAUAAGAUGGGAGGAGGUCCAGCAUCCCAUGGGAACUCAAAAGCACAUAGAACCUUGGGUUCUACAGGAAUUCUUGGUCUUGGAAGGGUUUUUAAAGGUAAAAGGAUGCCGGGGAGAAUGGGUGCGGACCAAAGAACAGUAAAAAAUGUAUGGGUCUACAAAGUCGAUCCAGCUAGAAAUUUGAUGUGGGUGAAAGGCCAGGUCCCAGGAGCUACAGGGAACUUUGUUUUUAUAAAAGAUGCAGUCUAUAAAAAACCUGACACAUCUAUACUUCCUUUCCCAACUUACUUUGUGCCAGAAGAUGAAGAUACAGAUAAUAUGAAACCUUUGGUUGCUGAUCAUGGGGAUGUUGAUCCAUUUAUGGUUACCGAUUAAAGAGAUAGUUCAGAAAAUGUGUUUUUUUAGUGCUACUAGGGUUUUCUUCAUGUAAUCAAUGAUGUUCUUUUAUUUGAAAAUAUAGAUGGCAAAAGUGAGUAUUUUUAGGUACCACCAUCCAAGGAUGAUUUUUCGGUCCUUCAUUGUUAAGUUCUAGGAUUACUUGUGACAUUCAACAAUUCUGAAUUAGGAUUUGGUGAACAUGUUUGUUUUGAAAUCCUACAAAUAAGUGUUGUUGAAACAUAGUGAAUGACUGUUACUUUAAUCUAAUUGAUUUUCCUUUUUUGGAGCCAAUUUA